UACAUCUAAUUAAUAUGGAAAGCUCUAAAACAGCAAGUGUAUACCUCUUGAUGCAGAAUAUAUCACAAUCCGGUACGUCAAUCAAUCAUAUCGGAGGAUUAUGCAGUUUUACUGGACUUGGUGGCAAACAUUGGGCAGUUCUUGUGCAAUUUGAAAAUGAAGAUUUUUUUUACAUUUGCGAGAUCACUAGAAUUCCAGAAACCAAAGCAUCAGGAUCAGGAUUAAUAGACUGGCGCUGCGAAAAGAUUACAGAUAAGGAGAUACAGCGCGAUAAGGUGGGAAAUUCUAUUGAAUACCUGGGAAAAUGUUAUCUUACGCCAAAUAAGUUACGAAAACAUUGCAAUGACAUCGAUUCCAACAAUACGAAGUACAAUCUCAUCACUAAUAAUUGUCAGCAUUGGUGCAAAAAUUUGAUCAAGAAGUUAAACGUAUCCAUUUGGAAAUUCUUUAUAAAACGUUUUUUCAUAAAACCUACCGCCGUAAUCACUUAUAUGGGCACUGGAAUCAUGGUGGGGAUUAUGUUGUUCUCAAGGUAAAGAGACGAUUCAGAUGGAGGAGAUUAUAUAAUAAGUUCAGUGUCUUGGUGGUUGGUAUGGAUAACAGGAAUCAUAAUACAAAAAUAUACAUUUUCUUUUCCUUGAGUUAAAUUGUUGUCAAUAUUAAUAAU